AUGCCGCUGUGUCAUCGAUUUGAAGAAAGCCUUAUUGAAGCGGUGAUGGAGGCCUUGGACAACAAAAGCGUCUCUACUCCACAUAUAAAUAUACUUCGUCAGUUGUAUAUCGACUUCACGACAAAAAUAUCCCCACCCUACAAUGAUAUCAUGAUGGAAGUGAAGAGAGGGCGUCAGUCAGGCGGAACGGUGUCCGAAGUUAAUGAAACGCGUAAAGCUCGGUCUUCAUCUGAACCUAGACAAGACGAUGAUUAUGAGGAACGGAAAGCUAACGUUUCGGCGCUAUCGCCUUCGUCAGAGCCUGGAAAAGAAAAGAAAAGAAGUUUCAACAUGCCAAGAUUCAAAGACCGUGGAACAUGGGCAAUACUCAGAGAACAUAAAGGGCUCUGCCGUCUACACACUAGCUUUGCCAAUUUCACUGGUAAAGUUUGUUCCUUAAAGAUUCGAUCGUCUUGUGACAACCAUCGUGGCCAAAAGAUCUCUCGAAGGUCUCGACCUCGUUCCCCGUUGCCUGAUAAUGUCGACAUUUCUACACCGCUUUCUUCUUUGGCGUCUGAUCAUGAGGCUCUUGUUACUGCUGCUGUCAACUUUGUAGGUUGGAAUGGUGUGGUACCGAUGCUACCUCCUUGUUUACAGGGCCGCUCCCGCAAUGAUGUAAUUCUCCUCGUCUCAGAUGAGCUCGAUGGCAUGUCAGAGAAACGCAUCUUUCGAAUUUUGCAAGGUUUUCAUUGUUAG